UCUCUCGCACAUUAUUCCUGCCUGCGAAGACACUCCAUCACCGUAGUCCUAUUGUUACGUUCUGCCCUGGUGCAAGUUGUCGACACCUUACAUGUCUUUUAUUCUUCCUAUCCAAUUCUUGUCGACUCUCUGGUAAAUCGCAGAGAGAAUUUCGUGCUUCUGAACAGAUAUGCCGACGCGAACCAGAUUUAGAUAUCUUCUCAGCUGUUGUGACCGAGAUGCAGACGAGGACUCCGAGCCAUCGCCUUCAAGAGUCAUGCCAACUAAAAGCCCGAUACCAUCAGAAUCGAGUCCUGCAAAAGCCGGACAUAACUGGGGCCUGGAGAGCUUGUGGGAGAAGGCUCAUAAUCACCUCCGGAACCAGGAUCCAGAAUUGUUCGCGAAGUAUGAAGCGAGACUAAAAUCUGAUCUGGCCACGGAAGGUAACCCUCAGCCCGAUGGCCAGAUAUCUUCCGUAGCAAGGGGCCCGAAUCAAGGAAUUCAACUUCAGGAUCUCGUACAGGAUCGAAUUGUAGAAAUCAAAGAUACACGAUGGAAGCAGGCUCGACAUGUGAUCAAGGGCAUUGUAUUCGUGAAAGACGUAAUUUCUCAAGCAAUCUCUGCAGAGUACCAUGCUGCAUUGGCAUGGGCUGGAGUGCUAGUGAUACUUCCCGUAAGUGUGCAUGACCAGAAACAAUCAUCCUAUUGAUGACACAGUUUAAGAGUAUCCAGCUGUUUCUGAACCCCAUCACUCAGGGGGAAGAUGCUGUCGCAGGUGUCGAGUAGAUAUCAGGAGUCCUGAUUCGGUGUCGGGUACUGGAGAAUACGUACAACC